UAGCACUCGUAACACUGAUCGGGAGCCUUGACUAUCAUUAGCUAAGUGAUAUAGAAACAAUAACAUUGUUAUAAGUCUAUUAGUGUUGAGUGAAAAAGUGAUUUGAAAAGUCAUCAUGGUGUGAUAACAGAAUAUCCAAAGUUAGGUGCAGCUGGCAAUGAAGAACCAUUGGUUGGUUCUGUGGUCGCUGUGGGCCGCGCGGCUGAUGCGGCAACCAACACUGCCGGUGAGGGUGGAAGGCGGCUGGUUGCGCGGCUUUAUAUCGCCAGAUGGCUCUUAUAAGAGCUACCUGGCAGUGCCGUAUGCUUCACACCCGGAAAAACGGUUUCAGGCUCCCGGUCCAGCUCCAUCGUGGCGUGGCGUUUACGAAGCUAUAAACGAAAAUAUCAAAUGCCCACAAAGAAGAGGUAGCAGUAUAGUAGUAGGCCAAGAAGAUUGUCUAGUUCUGAACGUGUUUACUCCUCUUGAUGUUUCGGAAGCUGAUUUAUUGCCAGUAAUGUUUUUCAUACACGGGGGAGGGUUCUACGACGGUUCAAGCACACCUUUAAUAUACGGUCCAGGGUAUUUAGUAAAUAAGGGUAUUAUUCUAGUCACUAUCAACUACAGACUUAAUGUACAAGGCUUUGCAUGUUUACGAACGAAGGAAGCGCCGGGUAAUGCUGGCAUGAAAGAUCAAGUGGCUGCUUUAAAGUGGGUCCGAAAAAAUAUUAAAGCAUUUGGAGGAGACCCAGACAAUGUUACUAUAUUUGGUGAGAGUGCCGGAGGGGCGUCUGUAUCUUACCAUAUUAUCUCUACAAUGUCCAAAGGCUUGUUUCAUAAAGCUAUAAUACAAAGUGGCUCAUCACUAGCGCCAUGGGCAUUGCAGUUUAAGCCUGUAUACAUGGCUAGCUUAUUAACCAAAGUAAUGCUGUACGUAACCGAAGAUCCUUAUGAAAUAUACGAUACACUGAUGAAUAAAAGUGAUGCAGACUUAGUGAUCACUAGAGUUCCAAGAACUGAAGGCAAUGUGAUAAUCUCAGAACUUUUAUACGUACCUUGCGUUGAACACGAAAUAGAUGGAGAAGAAUCAUUCUUGACAGAUCAACCGUAUAAUAUACUUUCUAAGGGGGAGUACAAUAAAGUUCCUAUCAUGCUGGGUGCGUGUAAUGAGGAAGGUUUACUGUUUGCUGCUUUGGAAAAUGAUACAGUGUUACCCAAAAUUGCAGUUGAGAAAACAUUGCCUAAAAACUUAUACAUACCAACAGAGGAAGAAAAAAAAGAGGUUGCACAAAAGCUGCACCAUUUUUAUUUUGGUAAUAAAGCUAUCUCGCAUGAGACUUUAGCAAAUCUAUCGAGGAUGCACGGUGAGGUUUACAUUACACAUCCAAUAUUAGAAGAAACUGAACUAUACCUUGACACCAAUGAUAAACCAGUAUACAGUUAUGUUUUUAGUUAUUAUGGAUGGCGGAAUAUCCUCAAGUUUACUAUGGCCAGGGUGCUGAAAGACAUUCCGGGAGCCACACAUGCCGAGGAUCUAUUUUAUAUUUUCAGUCAGAGCAUCAUACCGUCAUUCUUUGAAAGUGAAAUGAUUGAUAGGGUUUCGACUCUGUGGACAAACUUUGCAAAAUAUGGUGACCCAACGCCGAAUGUGUCAGAUUUGUUACCAAUGAAGUGGUUUCCACUGGACAAGUCGAACCCUCAGUCCCUGGUCAUCGAUGAGGAAUUCUCCACUUCUCCGCUUUGGAACACUGACUCAUUAAAAUAUCUACGUCAAGUGUACUCAAAAUAUAGACGAAAAGAAGACUGACCGUUUUAGGAUAAGAUUUAUAAUAUAGUAGUCAUAAUGAUAAUUGUCAUCUCAUUACCGGCUCGCUACAGGACAAGGGUCUUCUCUCAUAAAGAAGUAUAUGGGCCGUGGUAUCAUAUCAUAAUGUAUACAUGAAGUAUUAUGUGCGAAACCGCAAUUAGCAAUCUUUAUUGUUCUUUUUUUACUUUUCUGCAUUCAGUGCAUUAUUUCAAGCAUUUAUUUUUACUAAAGGUGGUUUGUGCAAUUGUGUAAAUUGACGGUUCGU